CCGAUUCUUUGUCAGAUGAAGCGUUUUAUCUCUGACACUCCAAACACUGCUGUAGGAAAAAAAAUUCAAAAUGUUUACGGAUGCCCAAAAAACACGGCUGCGGGUUGAAAAUAUCCUGGCUGAAAAUAGCCGUUGGGCGGAGCUUUUGUGAGGCGGGCGUGUCACUUCUGUUAAUUGUCUCAUCCUUCCAGACAGUGAUGGCUCUGCAUCCAGCCAAGGAGGAGGCGAUUCUUGCUUGGAUGAACGGCCUGCAGCUGGACCAACCGGUGCAGCGAAUCACAGACCUGCAGGAUGGAAGUCUGCUGCUCAAACUCGUCUAUAAACUGAAAGGGGAGGAGCCCAGCCAGGCUCCUAUGCACCUGCCUCAAGCAGAAAGGCUGUCAAUCAUCUCUGACUUCCUCCACAGUGGGUGUCAUGUGGAAGAGUGUGUGCUCCUCACACUGGCCAAGGGAAGGAUGCUGGAGUUGGAGCUCACCAAGGUUGUGCUGCUCCUGUGCUACUACGGACUCGUUAACAACAAUCUGGUGCCCAAAGUGGAGUUUGAAACAGAGCUUCAGAUGGCGACCAUGUUGCGUUAUGUUCAGGAGGGAGUGAGCGGUCUGUCUCUGCGUGAAGGUCUGGACAAGCUCCUCACCACAGGCUCUCUGAUCUACAGCUCGUCUGUGAGCAGUAUGUCCUCUCACAGUGACGACGGCUCGCCCAUUUUCUCCCGGUCACACAGCUCUCCACUCGUCCGCUUUCUGGAGCUCAACACCGUGGCCUCCAGCUCGUUUGUCAGCUCUCCAAUACAGGAGCUGAUGAGCACGCCUCAGGUGCAGGUGAAGCGUCUGCGUAAGGAGCUGGCACGUGAGGGAGACGUGCGUGACGAACUAGAACGAGAGCUGACUGAACGCAUCACCCUCCUCUCAGAGCAAGAGGGACAGAUCAGUCAGCUUCAGUACAGGCUGCAGCGCUUGCAGAGGGAUCAGGAGGAGAUGGAGAAGGAGCACAAAGCUACACUGACUGAGCUGCAGGAGAAGAACAACGGACUCCUCACACGGGUACACGAGGUCUUAAAGCAGUGUCGAGACCUUAAAACGGACAACAGUCAGAAAGAGAGACGGAUUGACGAUCUGAUGGAGGAGAAUGGCACACUCGCCGCACAGGUGAGAAACGCAUUGGGGCAGCUCGCGAGGGCUGAGGAGGAAGUCGCUAAAAUAUCAGAAGCUCACGAUUCGUCCCAGACAGAGUGGGGGAACAGGAGGGACUUGCUGCAGAGAGAGCUAAGCCAGGCUCUCACCGACAAGGAAUGUCUUACUGAGCAAAUUCAGAUCUUACAAGGAAAGAUCUCCGUUUUGGAGGACGAGCUCGCCAAGCUCUCGCAGCAACCCGAAGAGAGAGGUGAAGUCCUGGGGCCGAUCGUAGAGUGGGAGAAACUGAAGCAGGAACUUGCAGACUUGUCUCUAAAAAGUUCCCAACUGGAAGAAACCAUUUCCCUCCUUGAGAAGGAGAAAAUGGCCGUCGAAACACUAUUAGCAGAAGAGAGAAGCUCCUUUGAAAAGGAAACCCUGCGCUUGGAGGGACGUAUUUCGGAUCUUCAGCAGUCGAUAAACAAUAUACAAGCUGAGAAGGAAGCUCAGGAACAAGCCUCAAAGACCAAACAGGAAACUCUUACCUCCCAGAUAGCAGCUUUGGAAACUGAUCUGGCUCGUCUUCAACAGCUGGAAGUCCAGCUGACGGUAGAGAUCGCUGCAUCCGCUGAACUUCGGCAGCAACGUGGGGCGUUGGAGGCAAAGGUCGCCUCCUUGGAGGGCAUGGUUAAUAUGCUACAAUCCAAAUGUGAAAAUAUGAAGGCAGAAAAUAUAACACAGCAGGAAGUUCUUGAUGUUGUUAGGGCUGACCUUCAAAAUGCCCAAAUUUCCCUUGUGGAAUAUGAAAAAAAGCUGGCAGACCAUCAAAAAGUGGUAGAGGAGAAUGCUUCUCUCCGAGCCAGAAUCUCUGCACUGGAUGACACCAUCGUGAAUCUUCAGACCGAGAUUGAUGGUGAGAGAAAAAGAGGUGAUGAGCUUCUUACGGCGAAAGAGCAGCAGAAAGCUUUGAUGGAGGAAAAGUUUCAAAAACAGGAGCACAAAGCUCAUGAGAUGUUCACCGAACUAGAGACUCUGAGCCAAGAGCUUCGCAAAAUGAAGCAUCAGAAACUUGAUUCUGAAUCGUGUAUAGAGAAGUUAAUCCAAGAAGGAAUUGACCUUAAAGCAAGUCUAGCAGAGGAGCGAGAUCGAGGCCAGUCACAACUGGCUCUAGUAAACAAGACCAGAGAGGCGAGGGAGAUGGAGCUGCAGCAAAUUAUUACAGACAACCAGAGCAAAAUAUCAGAGUUGCAGAGUAAGAUUGAGGGAACUGUCGAGUCACUGAAGCAAAGCGAAUCUGAACUGUCCGUGCUGAAAGAAAAAAUAACUUCUAAAGAUGGAGAACUCGUCAUACAACAGCAGGAACUGGCCCACCUUCAAAAUAAGGCAGACAAUCUGCAAAGCCAGCUCUUUGAGGUAGAAGGGCUUUCACAACAACUGAGUCAGGAGGUGGUAUCCAAAGACGGGGAAGUUCAACACUUGAAGGUGGCGCUUGAACAGAAGGAAGGAGAGAUCCAUUCCCUUAAGGUCAGCCUUCAGUCUCUUGAAGCGAGGUCCACUGAAAUGCAUGAUCUUCACCAGAAGGAAGUUGAAGAGCAGAGGCUUGCUAUCGCGGAACUGAAGUUACAACUUGCCGAAGCUGAGAAACUUAUCUCUGAGAAAGUUAGAACUCUGGAAGAUCUUGCCCAGCAGUUAAAGAACUUAAAGGAAGAGCUGUCCAUCGAAAGGCAGAGAGUUGCUACCUUGGAAAAUAGUUUCAAGACUUCAAAAGAGGCCCAUGAAGUCCAGGAGCAGUCUUUGAGACUGGAGGUUACACAACUGCAGCAGGAGAUUGAUGGCCAUUUGAAGAAGUUGGAGGAGUCAUUAAAUGAGAUGAAUUCCCUCAAAGAAGAAAUGUCUCGCCAGCAGGAUGCUGCACUCCAGAAAGAACAAGAGGUUUCUGUUAUGGCAUCGCAAAAGAAAUCUCUGGAGGAAAACUUCUCUCAACUUCAGAAUAAACUAGCAGAGGCCACUACACUAGCUACAGAAAGACAAACGGAGUUACUUAGGCUUCAAGAGGAGGUCCAGCAUCAAGAGAAUCUCAGAGCAAAAGCUCAGGAAAUCGAGGAGACUCAACGUAAAGAGCUUCAAACAGAGGUAGCUGAACUUCAAGUUAGAGUUCAGGAGCUUACUGUUCUUGCUUCUGAAAGAGAAAUACAGUUUGGUUCUCUUCAGGAAAAGAUGAAGGAACAGGAAGACUACAGCCAGAAACUCCUUCAAAAAUCUGAAGAAGCUCUUCAGACAGAACUUGAGAACAUCGUCGACUUGAAGGGGCAACUUGAGUCUGCCACACAUCAGACUGCAGUUAAAAAUAAGCUUUUGGAGUCAGUGGAAGAAGAGCUGAGACAAAUGGAGCUCAUGUACCAACAGAAAGAGACCCUUGCUAGUGAAGCUUGUCAGGCCAAGGAAACUUUAGAGAGAAGAGUGAAUGAGCUUUACUGUAAGCAGAAGCAAGAUUUGGAUAGGUACCAACAAGAUUUAGAGACCUUAAAAAAGGAAAAGGAACACCUUUCUUUGGUGAACGAGUCUCUCCAGAGUGAACACCAGACCUUGCAGGUGCAGAGCAAGGAGCAACAGCAGACACUAAAUGCAUUAAAGGUGGACUUACAGAAUGCCCAAGAUGGGUACCAGCAAGAGUUAGGAACCUUGAAGAAGGAGAAGGACCAUCUUGCCUCACUGAGUCAGUCCCUCGAGAAUGAGUGUCAGAACUUACAGGCAGAGAAUAAGGUGCAGCUGGAGGAGUUAAAUGUCCUGAAGGCUGAUCUUCAGAACACACAAAAUGGUUAUCAGCAAGAGAUAGAAACAUUAAAGAAUGAGAAGGAACAUCUCUCUUCAGCGAACCAGUCCCUCCAGCAAGAGUUACAAACCUUGCAUGCAGAGAAAACUGGGCAACAAGGGGAGCUGAAUGCCCUCAAGGCUGACCUGCAAGAAAACAAAGAUAAAUUCGAGAACGAUCUGGAGAUCUUAAAGAAUGAGAAGGAUCAGCUCUCUUCAGUAAACCAGUCCCUCCAGACUGAAUGCCAAGCCUUGCAGUUAGAGAACAAUGAACAACUGGAGACACUAAAUGCUCUCAAGGCAGACCUACAAGAAAGCAAAGAUGAACACGAAAAAGAUCUGGAAACCUUGAAGAAUGAGCAGGAACAGCUUGCCUCAUUGAACCAGUCUCUCCAGAGUGAGUGCCAGAACCUGCAGGCAGAGAAAACCGUGCAACAGGAGGAGUUGAAUGCCCUUAAGGCUGACCUGCAAGAAAGCAAAGAUAAACAUGAAAAAGAUCUGGAAACCUUGAAGAAUGAGCAGGAACAGCUUGCCUCAUUGAACCAGUCUCUCCAGAGUGAGUGCCAGACCUUACAAGCAGAGAACAAGAGACAACAGGAGAUGCUGAAUGCUCUCAAGGCAGACCUACAAAAUGCCCAAGAUGGGUACCGACAAGAGUUAGAAACUUUGAAGAACGAACAGGAAAAUCUCUGCUCUGUGAACCAGUCCCUCCGGAGUGAGUGCCAGAACCUGCAGGCAGAGAAAACUGUGCAACAGGAGGAGUUGAAUGCCCUUAAGGUUGACCUGCAAGAAAGCAAAGAUAAACACGAAAAAGAUCUGGAAACCUUGAAGAAUGAGCAGGAACAGCUUGCUUCACUGAACCAGUCUCUCCAGAGUGAGUGCCAGAACCUGCAGGCAGAGAAAACCGUGCAACAGGAGGAGUUGAAUGCCCUUAAGGCUGACCUGCAAGAAAGAAAAGCUAAAUACCAAAAAGAUCUAGAGAUUUCAAAGUGUGAAAAGGAGCACCUCUCUUCUGUGAACCAGUCCCUUCAGACUGAGUGCCAGACCUUACAAGCAGAGAACAGGAGACAACAGGAGAUGCUGAAUGCUCUCAAGGCAGACCUACAAAAUGCCCAAGAUGGGUACCGACAAGAGUUAGAAACUUUGAAGAACGAACAGGAAAAUCUCUGCUCUGUGAACCAGUCCCUCCGGAGUGAGUGCCAGAACCUGCAGGCAGAGAAAACCGUGCAACAGGAGGAGUUGAAAGCCCUUAAGGUUGACCUGCAAGAAAGCAAAGAUAAACACGAAAAAGAUCUGGAAACCUUGAAGAAUGAGCAGGAACAGCUUGCUUCACUGAACCAGUCUCUCCAGAGUGAGUGCCAGAACCUGCAGGCAGAGAAAACCGUGCAACAGGAGGAGUUGAAAGCCCUUAAGGUUGACCUGCAAGAAAGCAAAGAUAAACACGAAAAAGAUCUGGAAACCUUGAAGAAUGAGCAGGAACAGCUUGCUUCACUGAACCAGUCUCUCCAGAGUGAGUGCCAGAACCUGCAGGCAGAGAAAACCGUGCAACAGGAGGAGUUGAAUGCCCUUAAGGUUGACCUGCAAGAAAGCAAAGAUAAACACGAAAAAGAUCUGGAAACCUUGAAGAAUGAGAAGGAACAGCUUGCCUCAGUGAACCAGUCCCUGCAGGCAGAGAAAACUGGGCAACAGGAGGAGUUGAAUGCUCUCAAGGCUGAUCUGCAAGAAAACAAAGAUACAUACCACAAAGAUCUGGAAACCUUGAAGAAUGAGAAGGAUCAUCUUGCCUCAGUGAACCAGUCCCUUCUUAAAGACCUUGAGGAAGCCCAGAAGGUGGGAGCAGAACUGGUCUCUGUCAGAGAAGUCACCCAACAGCGAGAAAAUGAGCUUGAAACCCACGUUAAGGAACUACAGGUGAAGUUGAAAGAAUUCUCAACACUGGUUGAUGAAAGAGAGGCUGAAAUAAGAAAUCUUCACCUAGAAGUAAAGCAGCAAGAAGCUUCCAGGCUCAGCACUCUUGAUCAGUUUAAGGAGUCUGAGAAGCAGAAGCAGGAUGCCUGUCAGGCUAACGAAGUCUUGGAGAAAGCCAUUUCUGAGCUGCGCCUCAAGCGAAAACAAGAGCUUGAGAAGUACCAGCAGCAACUGGAUGCCUUGGCAAAGGAGAAAGACAUCCUUACCACUGUAAACCAUUCCCUCCAGGCUGAGAGAAAGGCACAACAGGAGGCUCUGAAUGACCUCCAGAGUGGCUUGCAGCAGGAAGUGAAGACCCUGAAAAAAGAAAAGGAGCAUCUGUCUUCAAUUAACCAGUCACUUCAGAGGGAGUGUGAUGCCUCCCAGAGACUCGGAGCAGAUUUGGAGGCGAAGCUGAAGGGACAGACUGAAUCAAUCCGGGCUACGAAAGAGGCUCUCCAAAAGAAAGAGAAGCAGAACCAAGAACUACAGGAGCAGCUCAGGGUGAAGACUGAAACCGUGGAGCACUACAAAGUACAGGUAGAAAAAGCGAAAACUCAUUACAACGGGAAAAAGCAACAACUCCUGGAGGAGCAGGAAGCACGUCGGACCCUCCAGACCUCUUUGGAAACCAGCGAAAGUGAGGCAAAGGCCUUGAAGGCUGAGCUGAAACUGGUCUCCAUGGAGCUGGAGAAGAUCAAGGAGACAGAGAAGAGUUUGAUGGUGAAGGUCAAGAGUCUGGUGACGCAGUUGGAUUACGCAGACCGACAGUUAAGAGAACAGAGAAAGCAGGAAGGCCAAAGCGUCAAGGUGAAACACAGAGAAAGCGUUUAUGGGAAAAUCCCAGAACAUCCACGGAAUGCUAGCACGGAGAGCCUGGAGCUCAACCUGGAUGAUUCUCUGGAUGCCGCUGGCAGUAAACGGUCCCUGCCUGGUGAGUCCAGCACUCCUUUGGUCCGAAGUUCCGAACGCUUGGCAGCAAAACGGCACGCUCAAGGUGGAGGCUCUUUAGAGACGCUGUACUUCACUCCCAUGAUGCCACGGGCCAAGAAACAUGAAGGUGCACCCCAGGAUCACAAAUUAGAAAGCAGCAUCACGUCACUCGGGGAGCUAACUCUGGAUUCGGCGAAGAAGCCGAGCUCUUCGGUCCAGAGACGACGCACCACGCAAGUCAUCAACAUCACCAUGACCAAGAAAACUCCUCGCGGUGGUGCUGCCGACGCAGAUGAAUCUUUCUUCAGCCUGCACUCGGCUCAGUCGCAGCCCAACGUGGCCUCCCACAAAGCCCGGCCCGUCUCGGCAGAGAUCUUUGAGGAUCCCGACAAACUUCUCAGCCUUCCUGGGUAUCGUCGUAGCACUGCUCAUGGCACCGUUCCCCCACGACCCUCGAGUGUGUUCUGUUUAGGAUCCGAGUACGAGCCGGACCACCUCACUGACGACUGGAUGAGAAUCGCAGAGCUGCAGUCACGUAACAAAGCCUGUUUACCUCACCUGAAGAGCAGCUACCCGCUGGAGUCCAGGCCCAGUCUGGGUUUCACACACCUGCCCGUAACCGACGAGGACGUUCGUACCGGCGACCCUCACGAGACCAUUCGCCGUGCCUCCAUGGUCCCGUCUCAGCUCAAGGACUCGGUCGCUGCUCACCGGCUCUCCCUGGCCCCGCCUGCAGCGGCUGCGCAUGGCCGCGCACCCCAAGUGUCCAAAGCACGGGAAGUGCGAUCCACACGCAGCCCCCUGGCCCCUAAGCGGCCUGCGGGGCAAGUACAGGACUUGGACACACCCGAUGCGAAGAAGUUUGUCAGCUGCUUCCCUCGAACACCUAAAGGGAGGAACCUUCGCUCUACCAGCUCGCAGAACAUCGCACCCUCUCUGGCUGAUCGGAGGCAGUCCAUGGCGUUCGUGAUUGACAAUACUCCUAAAAAAGUUGUGCGUGGGGACAGCAGCCUGCUGCAGCGCGGCAUCAGCAAACUCCGCAAAUCCCCGCGUACCGCCAGCACGAAGUCACCAAAGAUCACCAGCAGCGCGAAGAAGUUGAUGAAAUUGAGGAUGAAGAUGUGAGAUUGCGUCCUUCCUCGUCCUCUAAACAACGUGCAAUAGAAACAUACAGUGUCAGGAUACCGAUCCCGAAUGUUUGGUUGUGGAUUUUUUUUUAUCUACUUUUUAUACUCUUCAUAUAAAUUUGUAUAUAGAAUCAGAGGAACUCCGUAGCACUUACUGCUCUCGUCUUGUUGUGUGGACUUUUCCGUUUUGACCAAAAUUACAUGUUGGGGGCAGGGGAAACACUCACUACAUUCUGCUACUGCCUUAAGACUGCUGUUCUUAUCCUAUGCGAUACAGACGGGAAGCAAUUGAUCUCGUUGCCUACCUCGGCAGCCUCUGACCACCAUCUCUUCCCCUGUGUUCUGCAUGUUGUGUAUCGUGGUACGUCAUAAAACUGAUUAUCGGCACAUCCCAUCCCUUAUAGCGUAUUUUUCAUUUUAAAUGAUCCGAUGUUGAUUGAAUGCUUUUGUUUAUUGCAGGAAACCUUUAUAUCCACAGAGCUGUAAAUAUUCAGAAUCGUUUAUAAUAGCUUAUUUUUUAGCUUUAUAUUUUUUGUAGUUUAAUUUUUAUCCUGCGUCUCUCCCUCUGUCUCUCUCUGUGUGUGUGUGUGUGGGUCUCUAAUUUUCCUGUGGGCAUUUUUUUUUUUUUGGUCUUUUUACUCAUUUUCUACAAUCCUACAAUCAAAAAAUGGGUUCCUAAGAGUAUUCCUACUCCCACCACUCUCAGUUAAUUUUAUUAUUUCUCAGUUAAUCUAUACAUGUAUAUAUUUGCAUUUUAUUUUAUUUUUCUUAAUCUAUUAUGUUAUUAUAAUGUUUGUCCUUGUGUUCUGUCUAUUCUUUGCUUUAUAUACAUUUUCCCUUUUUUUUCAGUUUUCAUUUCAUGCGUAGAAAUUAAAUUCUCAUGGAAGUGACGGUCUGUGUGGUGUCGUUUUAUUUUCUGUUUCACCGCUUUACACUUUCAUUUCUUUCAAUAAUAACUGUAAGGGUAUAAAUGUGAAAGACAUUUUACUCUUGCCACUUUUAAUGCAGCGUCAAUGGUGCCGUUUCAAAGCAAACGCUGCACACUAUAAUUGUGACUACAUUAGGUAUCUGUGGGGUCUUGUAGCAUGAAAGUUAGAAAGCAACCGUUUAUGAAAUACCUCCAGAGGAACAAGCACUGAUUUUUCUAAAACCUAAAAUGUCCAUCCUAAACCUUGUGCUUCUAAUCAGAGUCUAGUCUGGUGUACCUGUGCUUGCUUCUCGAUGUCGGCCAUUUUGAAAACUCAAAUCGAGCAGCAACGUGGAGGAAACAAUGUUCUAGUCCUACGAUGUCUUUCGUUAAUAAGUUAUCAUUAAGUCAUGUGACAAACAACAAAAAAUGUUUUUUAUUUAUUCAUUUUUAAUUUUUUUGAUUUGUUUUGGUGAAUAGACUGAAAAAUGUGUUAAUUCCUUCAUUUCCAAAUACAUUAUUCAAAUUCAGAAAGUAAACAAAUGCCUUCAUUUCAAUAUCUGAAGCUGGAUCACUGAAGGUGUAGGGAAAUGCUUUCAAAAACAAAAAAACAUUUCAUUUAACCGGAUGUGACUGCAGGGUUGC